AUGGGCGAGUCUUCCGGGCCUCUCGGGGGGCCUGCACGGCCUCCGCCGCUCGUCACUGAGCGGUUUCCUUCCAUGGCUUCGCGUCUUUCGACUCUCGUCUCGCUCAGCCUCUCUCUGGUGUGCUGCCUCUCCAUCUACGGCGGCGGCUCGCCUGAGGCGCCUGAGGCGCCUGAGGCGGCUUCCGCGGGCGGAGAGCAGUGCUAUCCGCCGAGUUUUUCGCUUCCGUGGAUCUCUCUCUCAGCGCUGGGGUGGUUCUUCGUUGGGCGCUGCAUCCCCGUUCACCGCCUUCCGCUUCUCUGCGUCCCUGAGUACGUUCGCGCGAGUAUCUUGAAGCAAGUCAACGAUGCAAAGCGCACGCUCCACGCGAAAAGCGAGGACGGAAACGACAUAGACGACCGGCGCCAGGCGAAGGCGUUCCUCCUUGCAGUGCGCAACCGCAGCCUCGGAUUUCUGCAUGCAACUCUCAUCUCGCUGCUGUGCCUCGCCUGCGUCACUCUCGACAGCCAGCUAACCAGCGAUCGGCUCUACGGAUGCUCGCCGCUCUUCACCGUGACAGGUCUUUUGUUGGCUGGCUACUUUGUGUGGGAUUUCUUCGCCAUCGUCCGCCACUGGCACGCCGACUCGCCGCAGUGGCUGCUUCACUGCGUGAUUUCAGUCAUCGCAGUGGGGAACCCUUUCUUUGUGCUCCCCGGCGAGCCGCCGAUGCCGUUUUACGCAGCGAGCCUCGCGCUCUUCGAGCUGAGCACGCCGUUCCUGGCGCUGCGCUACUUUCUGCUGAAGGCCUCGCCUCCGGAGGAAAAGAGACCGGACGGCGCGAAGGCCGCGCCGCAGCCGCUGUUUUACCAGCUCCUCUCGGUAGCCUUCUUCCUCGCCUUCUUUUGCGUCCGCAUCGUCUGGGGCAUCGGCUGUCUGUUUCCCGAGCUCUGGGUCCACCUCACAGGCGCCGAAGGCGUGAGCUUCCGACCCUGGAGGAGGAACUUCUACCUCGUGGCCAUGCCUAUUUUUGCAGGCUUGAAUCUGUAUUGGCUCUUCAUGAUCGUCGUCAACGUGCUGCUUGCAAAAAAACGCACGAGAAAGUCCCCCGAUGCGCCAGGCGCCGGCAAGGAGACAUCCGCAGAGGCACAGACCGCCCCUGCGCCCGCCGCUGGAGAGCACACAACUACCGAGGGCGGCGAAGGCGGAGGCGAGAUUCGCUGCGCUCUCAGGCCUGGCGACGCGGCGCGGAUAGACUGA